UUGAUCAUACAAUUAUUAAAAUACAAAAUGCUAAACAGAGUCAUAAAUCGGGUCCUGACCCGAACAUCUUCUAGUCGGGUCAACCCUCGAAAAAACCGGUACUGGUUUUUAAUCAUAUUUGCAGGUUUGGUGAUCUAUAACCUUUCAAUCAAUCUCGCUUCAAUUCGAUUCUCGACGCCGUGGAUUUCAACACACAUAGAAAUACAUCAUGGGGUUCUGGACACUGAUGGAAGGGUUGUUGCUAUUCGCAAACGCACUAGCUAUCCUCAACGAAGACCGUUUCUUAGCUCCAAGAGGAUGGACACUCACAGAGCUUCACCAAACAGGCAAAAGAAACUCCCUCAAAGGCCAAAUCGUUGGUCUCAUCCACGCCUGCCACUACAUGAGGCUUCCUCUCAUGCUCUUCAACUUAAUCGUCAUCGUUUUUAAGCUCUUCUCCGGUUAAUAACAAAAUAAAAUUAGAUUCUAAUAAUUCAACCCAAACACACUUCUCUUCUUCUUUUUUUUUUUUUGUUAACCCUUGUCGGAACAAGUACUUUGUCGUUAAUUCAUUAAAAUUCAAAACCUGUA